AUGACUCUGAUACUGACGUUCGUGGAAUUGUUGCAGAGUCAUUGGCAUUCAUUGGAGAUGUGGUGGAUAUUGAAAUGGUCUAAAACAGUAUUUGGCCAAAGUUUCUCUGCUUGCUCAGAGAUCCUGACGACAGAAUACAUGCCGCGACGCUAA